CGACUGUCCAUGGCCAAGAGAUCCUGCGACUUCUGUGUUCAACGCAAGACCCGGUGCGACAAUGGCCGGCCUUGUCGCAAGUGCCUCGACGCACAACCUCCGCUCGAGUGCACCUACUUGAAGCCCGUGCUGAAGCGCGGCCCCAAGACUUCGAAGCUUACGCAACGAUGCAACUGGAAAUGGAGAGUCGAUGCCCAGAAGCUGGCUUCUGAUCAGGUCAACCCAAACUUGGCGGGGGUCGACGUCCACGAUGCUUCCACCGCGUUUGAGCCAGCAAGGGUGCCGCUGUCUUCACUACGGCAGAUCAUUGAGGCUUACAGAUCCCGGAUGUAUCCCGUCUGGCCAGUCAUUGAUGUGCAAGGUUUACUCAAACGACUUGAAGAAUCGGAAACCAAUGAAUCACCAGUAUCCGAUGCUUAUACUAUGGCAUUGGCACUCUGUGCGGCGACAAUGGCCCAGUUGAAUCUCACUGCGAUCGGAGAUGCUCAACCACGCGUCACCAGCGAAUACCUGGAAAGGGAGUGUAACCGGUGUCGCAACCUGACAAACUACCGGGAGCAUCCAUCGAUUGAAGGAGCUCUCACAUCCUUCUUUCUUCAUGUAUACCAUGCCAAGGCCGACAAUAGGAACGCUUCUAUGCUCUACCUCCAGGAGGGCAUCUCGAUCGCUCGACUCCUCCAUUUGGACAGGAUAGAAGUCGAGACUUGCCAAUCUUCACAUGAUGGGAUCAAUGCACAAGGUGCAGUCACUUCCCAUAAGCGACUGGUAUACAUUCUCCUCUGGGUUAGCGAAAGAGGAUAUGCCAUUCAACAUGAUCUGCCAAUCUCUAUACUCGAAACAGUUCAAAUCCCUACGGCCAACUUGAGCGACUUCGACAAGUAUGGGAGAGGGCUUAUUGAACUCGCCACGCUUUUUGCGGCUUUUGACGCCUUCUUCUAUCGCACAGCCCGUUACAUGUACGAAUCCUAUCAAGCCCACGCGGAACAAGAUCGCCUCAUCGCAGUCCAGAGAUCCCUGGAAGCCAUUGCUCCGAAAGCUCCGGAUUACGAUCUUGUGCAGAGAGCAGACUAUAACAUCACCAAGCACUGGAUGCGAAUUUUGAUAUGGCAGCAAGCCAUGUCCCGGAGCCUGCUCUCGUCCUGCGCGAACGACGAUUCCAUGACUUUUCUCUUUCCGUCUCGGAUAGCACAAGACUUUCUCACCUCCAUUACCAUGAACUCCAAGGAACACUUGGUUUCUUUGGGAAGAGACCAGCUGAUCAAAUCGUUCGAAAUCACCAACACACUGGCGGAUGUGAUAUUGUGCACCACCAAUGCCUACGAUAGCCCCCAUAUACACGAUUCCUAUAAUUCUCGUCGUGGUUCCUAUUUUGCCACACGAGAGUAUCUUGAAUGCGGUCCGGCAGACUUUCUACACGCAAUGUAUCAAACAAUCUCCCCGUUUCUCACAUACGACAAAAGAUUGUAUGACAUGAUACGGCUCAAGGCAGCAGAUGCACUGCUGCGCUCACCAAGCAGGAUUAUCCCACGGGGCGUCGACGGGGUUUCGCAGGAGGUGGCAGUAAGGGUAAGUGAAGAUGAGAGUCAUGGAAUGCUGGUACAAGAUACCUGGAGUACUGAUCUGGAUGGGUUGGGCUUGGACAUGGACUUGUUGAAUGACGCUGAGGUGGGCGAAGUCUGCGCUGCUCAGCAGUUACCGGAUACCCUGUAA